GUUUGUUUUACAAAACCCUGUUUUUAUACCAGUCAAAUUUGCACGAAUUUCUCGUGACUGUGAUAUUGAAAAUGUUUUAUUUAGUUGGACUUCCAGUUCAUUAAGUAGAAUGAAGAUGUUGGUGUUUAUUAUACUAUUGUUCUCCCAUUGUCUAAUCGGUGUGCAGACAGGGUCGGUUGCCUCUUGUCCUGUUCCCGAUGCUAUUACAAAUGGUAAGGUGAGCUACACUGGUCAUAACUUGAAUGACGUAGCCACAUACACGUGCCGUUAUGGCUACCGUAUGGACGGAACAGCAAAUCGAACUUGUCAGGCUGACAGCACGUGGAAUGGAACUUUACCAACCUGCACGGAUAUUGACUCCUACUUCAGUUUCGAAUGUUAUGUGAACGGUUCUAUAACAGCUGUGAACCCAGACCCUUCAAGUUUGAUAUGGGCUCAAGCCACGAAUGUGAACGGAACCUGCAACUCUGCUUUCAAUUCCGACAAGACGGCGAUCACUAUUGACGGUUGUGCUCUUGACAAUGUAAUAUUGCUGGUGUUCAGUCCGUACGAUACCGGUAUACCUAAUGUAAUACAAAACAAUGUGAAAUAUUACAAUAUCACUUGCAUGACCAUCCCUAUAGACGGCAUUCUUGUCGUUGUCACUGACAGCACGUGGAUUAGAAAUGUAAUGAGUACAUCACGUGAGCCUGAGAGAACGCCUAAAGUUUAUAUAAAUUCCGACAUUGGCGUUGUUGAUUCAGAAUUUGAAAAUGUCACUACAUUACCAUCGGAGGAGCCAACCCUAGAAAUCAAUGAUGUGUUAAGGUGGAAAUUGUAUGUACCUGAACAAUAUAUUAUACAGCCUUUAAACUGUACAGCUUACUCCGGAGUCAUAACUGAGUUAGGAUCUCAGUUUUCAAUGGACAUAAUUCAAAUGGGAUGCAGUUUGAAUACCGAACUGGUGUCUGACUUCCAGUUUGCCACGGAAAAUAUCACACAUAUGAUGGUUGCAGAUAUAAUGGCUUUCCGGUUUCCUGGCAGUGAUAUGAUCGAGAUAGUGUGUUCUGUUAAAGGAUGUCCAGCAGGAAGUACAGCAUGCGACUUUACCUGUCCGGAAAGAGAAAGGAGGAGUGUGAAUAACAAGUCUUCACGCAGUGACUAUCUGGAGAUAAUCUCCGCACCCAGCCACGAUAAACGGUAUUUCGGUGAUAUGGAGAGCUCGAAUCACGAUGAACGGUUCUCUCGUGGUGUCAAAGAUACGAUUAAAAAAACAACAACAAUUUCAUUCAGGGUAAUAGGACCACCCAAUGUCGGACUAGAAUACCUCUAUCUCUUCGAAAGUUCAUCACAGCAGCAGAUUAAGCAAUGUGCAGUGACAGUCAUUAUUAUCAUGAUGGUUGGCAGACUAUUCCACAUAUAAACAUAUUCAGGCAGAAUUGGAAAUAUUAUUUUCAAAUACAUACAAUGCAUUUUACUGCUGUUGCUUGCUUGAUUAAAAAUUCGAAAGAA